AUGGGAAGUCUUGGACAAAGAGAUUCAGCUCCCAACUGGACACCGUCUUCCUGGAAGGCUCGGCCUAUCAAACAAGAUGUAAAUUAUGAAGAAGCUACUGCGGUGCAGAAGUCACUGGAGAAACUCAAUCGUGUCCCUCCGAUAGUCACGCCGACCGAAAUAUUAAAACUGAGAGAAUCUCUCUGUGAGGUCGCCCUUGGAAAUGCGUUCCUCCUCCAGGGUGGUGACUGUGCCGAGCUUUUCGAGUAUUGCGAAGCAGACGCCAUUGAGAGCAAGAUCAAGCUAUUGCUGCAAAUGAGUCUGAUUCUCAUCUGGGGCAUGAACCUUCCUGUUGUCCGUGUGGCUAGGAUCGCAGGCCAAUUUGCCAAACCCCGAUCAAGCCCAAUGGAGAAUCAUGAUGGACGGCAAAUACAUUCAUUUCGAGGUGACAUCCUCAAUGGAUACUCAGUCGAUGAGAGGACCCCGGAUCCUACACGUCUUGUCUCCGCAUAUAUGCACUCAGCGGCAACCUUGAACUUCAUCAGAGGAGCACUCUCUUCUGGAAUUGCAGACCUCCAUAACCCCUUAGAUUGGGAACUUGGACACGUGAAAGACCAGGCCAUUAAGGCGAAGUAUGAGCGGAUCGUCGAAAGUAUCACGGAAAGUCUUCGAUUUAUGCGGACUGUAGGUGCCGAUAGCACGGCAAGUGCACUGGAAACUGUUGAUCUGUACACGAGCCAUGAAGCACUCCUGUUGGACUACGAGCAAAGCUUGACGAGACGUCUUCAGUUUCAUCCUCAGACUAAGUCCCAAUCAAAGAUCGAGACGCAGCAUACUCAGCCCAAUGGUCACAGUGCAGUCCCACGCCACGAUGAUCUUAAAGGUUGGUUCAAUACUUCUGCCCACUUCCUCUGGAUUGGCGACCGUACUCGCCAGCUUGAUGGCGCCCAUAUCGAAUACAUCCGUGGUAUUGAGAAUCCUAUUGGUAUCAAGGUGGGCCCAACCUUGCAGGCUGCUGAACUGGUGGCCCUCCUUGAUGCUGUCAAUCCAACCAAAUCUAUCGGAAAAGUCACGCUCAUCACACGCUACGGAGAGAAACACGUCGAUCUCUUACUUCCGGGCCAUAUUCAGGCCGUUCGCGACAGCGGUCACACUGUCGUAUGGCAGUGUGAUCCAAUGCAUGGCAACACCCUUUCGACACCUUCUGGCAUCAAGACUAGACACUUUAGCAGUAUUCUGGAUGAGGUCAGGAGCGCGUUGCGCAUCCACAAGGAGCAAGGAAGUUUCCUAGGUGGGGUGCAUCUGGAACUCACCGGCGAAGCUGUGACCGAGUGCGUAGGUGGUAGCGAAGGGUUGACUGAAGACGAUCUGAAUCUCAAUUACACUACUUACUGUGACCCAAGGUUGAACGAGAAGCAGGCGCUCGAGCUGGCUUUUCUGGUCGCUGGCCACUAUCGUGACCGCUAG